GACAGUCGUGACGUCCAAUACCAAUAAAAAUAGAUGACGUAUGACGUUGAAAAAAUAUUCCCCAAUCGUCAAAUGUUGAUGCGGCUCUAGCAGUGUCUUUUUUACAAUAAAUAAUAGUGCUGUUUGUCCUGCAGCGCAUAUACACAUAAAAUGCAGAGCUUAAUGUGUAUAGGAACGUUUAGGUUUAAUUGUUUUCUAUUUAUUUUGGUAGCUGUAGUUUUCAAUAAUCCUACAGAUAGUGGGGCUGUACAACUAACCCAGCAAAACAUAGAUAUGACCUUAGCUUCGAAUGAGCUAGUAUUUAUAAACUUCUAUGCGGACUGGUGCCGAUUCAGCAACAUGUUGAUGCCCAUCUAUGAUGAGGCAGCUGAAGAAGUUGCAAAGGACUUUCCAGAAGCUGGAAAAGUUGUUAUGGGAAAGGUGGACUGUGAAAAAGAAUCAUCAGUUGCCUCUAGGUUCCAUAUCACCAAGUAUCCCACCUUGAAGGUGAUAAGAAAUGGUCUACCAGUAAAAAAAGAGUACCGAGGGCAAAGAUCAGUGGAGGCUUUCAAAAAAUUUAUUAAGGAUCAGUUAGAGGAUCCUGUGAAGGAAUUCAAGCAGCUCAAAGAAUUGGGCGAGCUAGAAACUAACAAGAGAAUCAUUAUAGGUUAUUUUGAUCGACGAGAUCAGCCAGAAUACAGUAUUUUCCGACGUGUAGCUACAAAUAUGAAAGAUGAAUGUCAGUUUCACGUGGGAUUUGAAGAUGCUUCUAGGCAAAUGCAUCCUCCUGGACAACCUAUUGUGGUGUUCAGGCCAGAUAAAGAACGUUCCAACGACUUGGAUGAAACCUAUCCAGGAAGCUUGACGAGUUUUGACGAACUUCACAUCUGGGCAUCGCAAAAGUGCGUUCCUUUAGUCAGAGAAAUAACGUUCGAGAACGCUGAAGAGUUAACGGAGGAGGGGCUGCCGUUCCUGAUUUUGUUUCAUACGCCAGAAGAUAAGGCGAGCGUUAAGAGGUACAAUGAGAUUGUGCAAACGGAGCUGAUUAGCGAAAAACAAAACAUCAACUUCUUGACGGCUGACGGAGAGAAGUUUUCACAUCCAUUGCACCACUUAGGAAAAAGCUCCAAAGAUCUGCCUUUGAUCGCAAUCGACAGUUUCAGGCAUAUGUACAUGUUUCCCGAUUACAAGGACAUAGAAAACCCUGGCAAACUGAAAAGCUUCAUCCAAGACUUGUACUCUGGCAAGCUGCACAGGGAGUUCCAUUAUGGUCCAGCUUCCGGUUCACAGACUGAGGCCGAAAAACAACCUACGAAACCGCCAGAAAGUACUUUUAAGAAGUUGGCACCCUCGAAAAAUCGGUACACAUUAUUGAGGGAUGAGCUCUAAAAAGUAUUAUGCUAUUUGUGUAAUCUGUUACAUUGAUGAUGUAAAUGUUAUCACCAAGACCACUAAAAACAUAAAAGAAUGGUCAGCUUUGUCGGGUUAUCUGUAUUAUUGAAGACAAGAAGCAUCAUUGACAUUCGGUUUUGAAGAUUAUUUUUUCGAAAUGUUGCCCGUUUACGGGAUCAAUGUGGUCUAUUCUGAAUUUCCAAUUUCUAAUGACGCUUCCUACCGUUAUCGCGCCAUAAUGACGACUGAAGCCAAGCCCAUAGUCUUCAGAAAGUUUCGUUCUAAUAAGACGGUGCGGCACUGCUUGUAGCACGAUUUGUGCCCAUAAAACCAUGGCUUUACUAUGACAAUUUGGCGAGCGUUUUUGUGCCGAUAAAUUUUCCGCCUAGAUCAUGUAAUGUCACACCAUUAACUUUUCCCAUUGCGGGUACGUCCAUUGCCGUUUCCUCCCCUAAGAAUCCGGGCAGACCUUAAAAUCUGCAAAUAUAGCAUGAUUUUUAUAGUAGUGGUCGAGGACUAUCGAAAGUCUGCACUAUCGAUAAUUAUCGAUUGUCAGUCCUUUGACCAUCGAUUAUUAUCGAUAAUGUACGAUAGUCAUAAUAAUUAAUAACUAAGCAGUUACAUAUUAAGUUAUUUUUGAAAUAAAUUAUGUUUUAUAGGAGAUCAUAGACGUAAAAAAACUAAAUCGACCUCUUUAAAUAACAUAUUUAUUCUUGAAUUUUAAAUUACUGCUGGUACAUGGAAUAGUUCUUAAUGUUUUUGUGUAGAAAUGUUAGCUUAUCUACAUUUGCCGGCUUUAGGCGAGAUCGUCGUUCAGUGAUUAUUUGACCUGUUGUGCUGAAACAUCUUUCUGAUUCCACUGAAGUUGCCGGGAUACACAAAUAUUUGGCAGCACACUCGUCUAACGGAGAUAAUCCAUGUCCUGCGAUCUAUAAUGAUAAAUUUGUCAUAUCAUAAUAACUUUUUUUUUGUAAUUUACCUUCCAAUAUAAAAGAGGGUCCGUAUCCUGGUCAGAGUUUAUAGAUUCUAAAUACUGUCUUUUGGUGAUGAUCACGUCUGCAGUUAAGGACUUUAUCUUUAAAUCAAUCCUUUCUUGUAAAAAAGCAAAAAGUGCACACGAUGUGCCUGGUUUUUCUGUUACAGAUAUAUUUUGAUUUUGAUCCCCUGUUGUUUUUUUCUGUUCUUCCUUUUUUUUCAGUAUGGAAAUCAUGUCAGAAUCUAACAAAUUUAUGGUUGCAGAGGCAUUCGCAGGAAUGCGAAAGCCUUCUUUUUUGAAUCUAGGGUCCAACAAUGAAGCUAUUUUUGCCACGGUUCUGUUUUCAUAUGGAAAUAAUCUAAUUAUAAUUGAGUCAAUAAGCCCCUUUCUGAAUUUUCUUCCAUCGUCUGUCUCC